CUGGUUGUAACUCGAGACCGGUGACAGCAGCUCGACUUGCUACGGUCCUCCGGCUGCUUGCUACACCAUGUCCUUACCACACACACCACUUGAGUCGGCUACAUCUCUCUUUCAUUCACUUUCUCAAUCAUAGACAGCACCGUACUCGCUCUGCAAUUGCAAUACACUCGUUUCACACCGGCUCUGCAAUCUGUCUCUCCGCCAUCCAUACUACUUACUGUACACACGACCACCAUCUGCCGCUUGGCCGCCCUCAUGUCCAUCCGCGCCCUCGAGUCCCCGCCUCGAAUCGCGGGAAGUGAAUGCAGACCAUCAUGACCACCGACACCCGAUCCCACCACCACUUUCCACGCCAUUCCCAGCCUUUCACCCUCGACACCCCUCCUCGCUCCGAUAUGUCCGCUAGGCACGCACAUUCCCGAUCUCAACCCUCAUUACAUCGUCCCUCGACCGCAAGAUCCGACAGCAUCCGGCACCAUGCCAACGACAGCGACUCCGACGAGGAUCAUGGCUUGCAGAUGGCGCGUCCCGUCGGUCGACGCGACCUCCGACCGAACCUGACACGCGCGAACAGCGAGUUACCGAACGGCGCGGCACGACUGCGCGCACAGAAGGCGCGGGAGGAGGGUCGCGAAAGGGACGGGAAGAUCACGCGACAUGGGUGGGCGGCUCAAUUGGAGAAUGAGGAGAUCAUGCGCAACCUGAGUGAUAACUUCUUCAUGUAUUACCAGGACACGCGACAUGAGACGGCAGCCAACCUGCCGACGACCUGGGUCCCGAGGUCUCUAGAGACGGAAUGGCGGAUGAAGGAUCGGCUCAAGACGGUGUCGGCGCUGUUGGCGGUAUGUUUGAACGUCGGGGUGGAUCCUCCCGAUGUCAUCAAGACCGAUCCUUGCGCGAGGCUGGAGUGCUGGGUGGACCCCAAACCCACCGAAGGCACCAGUCAGCACCCGAACAAUUCCAAUACCCUCAUCGGAAAGAAUCUCCAGACACAGUAUGAGAACCUCUCCUUACGCACGCGAUACAAAGUGGUCCUGGAUCCCACCACGGACGAGUUGAAGAGAUACACGACCACCUUGCGGAAAGCCGCACACUCGGAGCGGCUUCUCUUUCACUACAACGGACAUGGUGUUCCCAAACCGACUCAAAGCGGAGAAGUGUGGUGUUUCAAUCGCAACUAUACACAAUACAUUCCGAUCAGCUUGUAUGAUUUACAGGAGUGGAUCGGUGCGCCAGGCUUGUGGGUGUGGGAUUGUUCAGCGGCAGGCGGCAUCAUCGGCGGAUUCCUCGAGGCGGCUCAGAAGCACAGUCUCAAACAACAAGAAACUCUUCAGCGUGAGUCGGGUCGGACACAACAGCCACCGUUGAUCCGAUGGGAGGACUGCAUCCACCUCGCGGCUUGUCGCGACAACGAAGUCCUCCCGACGAACCCACAACUUCCCGCAGACAUCUUUACCUCAUGCUUGACCACUCCCAUCAACAUGGCGGUACGGUUCUUCAUGCUCCAGAAUCCCAUUCCUCCCACAUCCGACAUCACCCUCGAACAAGCCCGGAAAAUCCCCGGCAAGGUCAGCGAGCGGAGGACGCCGUUGGGUGAGCUGAAUUGGAUCUUCACGGCCAUUACAGAUACUAUCGCCUGGAACUGCUUGGAGAAGCCCCUCUUCAAGAAGCUUUUCCGACAAGAUCUAAUGGUCGCAGCCUUGUUCCGGAAUUUCCUGCUCGCUCAGCGCAUCAUGCGGAAGUAUCACUGUCAUCCUCAAUCACACCCACGGAUACCUGACACGCAUGAUCAUCCGCUGUGGAAAAGCUGGGAUCUCGCUGUAGAGCUGAUCUUGGCUCAACUGCCGAAAUUGCUCGAGCAGCAAGCCAUGCUCGACGCCUUGGCAGAAGCCAACGCGGGUAGUCAAUCAGCACAACUUCCAGAGCUGCAAUACACUCAUUCCGAUUUCUUCGCCGACCAGCUCUCGGCAUUUGAAGUCUACCUCACAUCGUCGCCGAGUAACCCGGCCGCUCUCGGCUACCAGAAACCACCUGAACAGCUGCCCAUCGUCCUCCAAGUCCUCUUGUCUCAAGUUCAUCGCCUACGCGCACUUGUACUAUUAUCUAAAUUCCUCGAUCUCGGCCCAUGGGCCGUCAACCUCGCUCUCAGCAUCGGCAUCUUUCCUUAUGUCGUCAAGCUCUUACAGUCACAAGCGCUCGAGCUCAAGGCGCCCAUGGUGUACAUCUGGGCCCGCAUCCUCGCCGUCGAUCAGACCUGUCAAGCUGAUCUGCUCAAGGAUCAAGGUUAUAUGUACUUUACCAGCAUCCUGGUUUCUUCCACGGGGAUUCCUCAAGGCAAUGUCGCCGAGCACCGUGCCAUGUGCACAUUCGUCAUCGCUAUGUUGUGCAAGGAUUUCCGACCGGGAAAGGCUGCUGCCCUGGAGGGCAACCCGGAGCUCAUCGAGAAUUGUCUCCUCCAUCUCGAUGACAUAGAAAACCCUCUCCUUCGCCAGUUCAGUCUUUUGUGUCUGUCGAAUCUCUGUCGCGACCACCCUCAGGCCAAGGCGGCCAUGUACCACCACUCUGCCCAUUCUCGCAUUGGCGAUCGAAGUCAUGAUCCUGUGCCGGAAGUGCGCGCAGCAUGUCUCCAUGCCUUAACCAGCUAUGUGGCCACUUCAGAAGAUGCCAUCAACGCCAAGGAAAGCGACAUCCGUCGUGAGGAGGAGAUCCUUGUCAGCGUAAUCUUGACGAUGGGUAUGGACGGGUCGAUCGUGGUGCGCAAGGAGUUGACCGUCUUCUACUCGGAAUACGUCCUACGGCAUCCCAAGAAAUUCAUCGUUGCAGCUUGGGAUCAGCUUUUAGAGGAAUUGGACAAGAAAGUGGGCAAGAGUGUGGACCCGGAUGAUUUCGUGCUCAUGGACGGUCAUAAUUCUCUAGGCGGCGGUGGCUCUCUGCCGACUCCUACUGAGAAGUCAUCCGCUCGUGCGGCUCGGAACAUGCUACGAGAGACCAACACCCAGACCUCGCGCGGCACAAUCUACCGCGCGGUCUGGAGGAAUACUUUGAGUUUGUCAACUGAUCCGCACCCCGAAGUCGCGCGGAACGCGAGCAUCAUCGUGGAUUACGUUUUCCAUGCCCUGCUGACUUCUCCUCUGGGCCCUCAUGCGGAAUCAGUAUUAGAAGACCUCGGUCAUAUGAACAACAAGGAUGCACCAUCGACGACGAGCAACGAGCCCGUCGCGCGAACGCUGCGAGCCCGCGAAUAUCGACCCGAGACACCGCCGAGCCCUGCACCCUCGACCGCAUCUAAAGGCGGUGAUUACUUUGGUCUGUCACGCACGGCCAGUGUUGCGGCUGCCAUGAAGAGUCUGAUAGGAUGGGGUCCAAAGACACCUGCCGAGUCCUCCACGCCUCCAUCACCCACAAGUCGAAGAGGCUCGGUCGUGGGCGACAAGAUUGAAUACCGUUCACGGCCACUCACACCGGGCGAUUCCACUGUUUUGCCAGCUGAACUGCCUCCGGACGCGCUUGAUAAUAUUGCUGGUCCACCUCACCAGGGCCCGGCGAUGAUCCCGCCUACGCCUCGCUUUAAGCCGCGUGACACGUCUGAAGCUCCCAAAUUGCCCCUCGUGUCGAAUUUCUUCGACUGGUCGGCAUCGUACUUCCGCGAGCCUCAGAUGCGUGCGACAGAGUCGGAUGAACCCGGUUCAAAGGACUACAAUGAGAGGUUAUGGCGCAGAAACCGCAACGACAAGAUCAUCGCAUGCACGCAACCGAUGAAAGAAGCGGCGGGUAGUCAACGCUGGGACGUCCAGGGCGGCUACUUUGGAAUCGGAGCCGCGCCGGUCAAGAUGGUGUUCCACCAAUUCGAAAGCCAUCUAGUCACAAGCGAUGACCGCGACAGUAUAGCCGUGUGGGACUGGGAGAAGGCCGAGCAAUUGACACGCUUCAGCAAUGCCAACCCCCCAGGCAGCCGUGUCACCGACAUGCGUUUCAUCAACGAGGACGACAUCGCAAUGCUCAUGACCGGAUCCAGCGACGGCGUCAUCAAAAUCUACCGCCAUUACGACGAUCCUAAGAACAUCGAACUCGUCUCCAGCUUCCGCGCAUUAAGCGAACUCCUCCCCAGCGACAAGCAAAGCGCCGGCCUGGUCUUCGACUGGCAGCAAGGCCAAGGCAAAGUCCUCGUGGCCGGCGACGACCGCGUCAUCCGCGUCUGGCAAGCCGGCCAAGAACUCUGCGUCACCGACAUCCCCGCCCGCUCUUCCUCCUGCAUCACUUCACUGACCUCGGACCAAGUCGAAGGCCACGUCUUCGUCGCGGGCUUCGGCAACGGCGGCGUGCGCGUCUACGACCAACGCCUCCGCGCCCACGACUCCAUGAUCAUGGACUGGACCGACCGCCGCGCCGACCACCACCGCUCCUGGAUCGUCGGCGUGCACCUCCAGCGCGGCGGCCUCCGCGAACUCAUCUCGGCCGAAUCCAACGGCGGUAUCCGCCUCUGGGACAUCCGCAUGCGCCGCGCCGUCCACAGCCACAACCCGCCACCCUCCACCGCCGGCGGCAACCUUUCCACCGCCCGCUCCCUUCGCACCCUCUCCGUCCACGAACACGCCCCCGUCCUCGCCCUCGGCGGGAAGGACCAUACCAUCCGCGUCCUCAACACCUCCACCCUCAAACAAAUCAGCAGUUUCGAGCCCAGCAGCCCUUACAUGAACUACCUCCGCCUCGACACCCGCCCUCGCAUCGCACCCAUCACCGCCACUGCGUUCCACCCGCAUCGCAUGAUGCUCGCGUGUGGCGCGGUCAACGACGGCCACGUCAACCUCUUCAAACUCGACGCCCCCGAGAUCGAGGGCGAUAGUGAGGCCGUCCGUCUUGCGGCGGCGGCGAGGGCGGCGGGAGGCCUGGGUGGGAUCAACAGUGGACUGGGCGCUUUCGGGGAGGAAGGUGGCCGGAGCAGUGUUGUGGAGGAGUGGUAGCUGUGUUAUUCGGUCGCUUGGUUUUUCUUUUUGAGGGACUUUUUUUCUUUUUCUUUCCUUUCGCGCACGCGCUCUCGUGCAUUUCACUGGCGUCCGGAUGGAGUUUUUGUCUUCCUUCGCUGGGAAACGGGAAUGGGAGAGGAGCUAGCCUGUUCUUGUCUCGCCUUGUUGGACUUUGUUGUUUUGCGCUUGCAGGGGGUUUUUUUUUCUUUU